AUGGCGCCCACACCGCCCAAGAACCUCUCCUUCAUGGAGAGGAUGAAGUACUUCAACCCAAUGCUGGUAUUCAUCAUGCUGCACAUGUCAUGUACUGCCUUCAAUUUCGGCUUCGAUGUAGGCACUUUCGGCGGUGUUCAGGGAAUGCAGAGCUUCCAGGACGACUUCGGCGUCUAUAACCCAAAGACGAAGCUUUGGACGCUGCCUAGCUGGUUGCGAUCUGUCAUGACAGCCACCCCCUUCAUUGGAAAGGCACUUGGUGCUAUCGGAUGUGGUCUCAUUGCUGAACGAGGUGCUGCCCUGCAAACCUCAGCUACAACGUCCGCCCAAUUUACGCUUGGUCGUAUCAUCGCGUAUGCCAUGACUGGCAUGGCUGUGGUAGUCGUGCCAAUUUAUCAGGGCGAGACGGCUCCUGCUGAGCUACGCGGCAUGUUCGGCUGCACGAUCCAGUUUAUGAUCAUCCUUGGCCAGGUCAUCUCGUCACUCGUCACUUUUGGCACUAGAGGUAUGAAGUCGAACGCGGGCUGGCAAAUCCCUAUCGGGUUGCAGUUAGUGAUGCCUGCCAUCAUCCUAGUACUCCUUCCGCUUGUACCCGAAAGUCCGAGAUGGCUCUUAAGUAAAGAUCGGGUUGAGGAUGCGGUGAUGAAUCUAAAGAAACUGAGGAAGCAUGCUGGUGAGGAAGAAGUAAAGUUUGAAAUUGAGAGCCUACGAUAUGCAAAUGCGAGCCAACACAAGGGCGGAUGGAUGGAACUUUUCAACAAGAAAAAUAGGGUCCGUACUGGCAUUGCCAUCUUCGUGAUGUUCGGCCAACAAAUCACCGGCCAAGCCUUUCCCUCGCAAUACGGCGUUAUCUUCUACCAAUCGCAGGGCUUUGCCUCGCAAGCCUUCCUCUUCAAUGUACUCAGCAACAUCAUCUCCCUUUUUGCAGUCACCAUGACAUGGUUCACGGUCGAUGCUCUGGGUCGCCGCCCAUCGCUGCUAACGGGAGGCACCUUGAUGGCGGCCAUGAUGUUCAUACUUGGUGGUAUGGGUGCUGUACCCACGCAUGAGCUGACUUCUGCGGGCAAAAAUAUGAUGGUUUCGAGCAUCAUGUUGUUCGGAUUCUUCUAUGCUUUGAGCUGGGCACCUAUCUCCUAUGUCGUUGUAUCAGAAACAGCAGCGUCGCGUGUCAAAGAGAAAACCAAUCUCAUUGCGAUGGUCGUCUCCGUGCUGACUACUUUUGUUACUUCCUUCUCUACCCCAUACAUUAUUUCUGCGAUUGGCGCUAAACUCGGAUUUGUGUAUGGAGUUAUCAACGUCAUGGUGAUGGUUGUGACAUGGUUCGUUGUGCCAGAGCUGAAAGGUAAGAGCCUAGAAGAGGUGGAUCAACUAUUUGAGAGUGGCGUUAGUAUACGAAGAUUAGGGGAAGUAGAGACGAAGAAGGCGGAAGAUAUCUAUGAGGAGAAAGAGCGGCCUUUUGAGAGGGUGGAGGUUGUGGCCAAAGCUAAGAACAAAUCUUGA